AUCAAUCAUGCUCCACUUCGUAACUUUCUUGACGACUCGUCUGCCGUUCUUUCCGGAGCCGUCCCGAUUCCAUCUUUGAUCUCCUGUCUCGACAUCCAUCAUCAUGAAGGCUACUGUUGCUUCGAUGGCGGCCGCCGUCGCCGUGGGCGCCUCGGCCGUCAUGGCCCUGCCCCAGCAGAUCCAGGCCCGUGACAGUGUCACCCCGAUCACCGUCAAAGGAAACGCUUUCUUCCAGGGUGACAACCGCUUCUACAUCCGUGGUGUCGACUACCAGCCCGGUGGCUCCUCCAAGCUGGAGGACCCCAUCGCGGAGCCGACCACUUGCAAGCGCGAUAUCGCCAAGUUCCAAGAGCUGGGCGUGAACACCGUCCGUGUCUACUCCGUCGACAACUCCAAGAGCCACGAUGAGUGUAUGCAGGCGUUGGCUGAUGCUGGCAUCUACCUCGUCCUCGAUGUCAACACUCCCAAGUACUCGCUCAACCGGGCCGACCCCGAGACCUCGUACAACGCCGUCUAUCUGCAGAAUGUCUUUGCGACCGUCGAGGAAUUCGCCCAGUACCCCAACACUCUCGCUUUCUUCUCCGGUAACGAGGUCAUCAACGAUGGACCUUCCUCCUCGGCCGCUCCCUAUGUCAAGGCCGUCACCCGUGAUAUCCGCCAGUACCUCCGUGAGAGACACUUGCGUGAUGUUCCUGUUGGUUACUCUGCUGCCGAUAUCGACACCAACCGUCUUCAGAUGGCUGAGUACAUGAACUGCGGUACCGACGAUGAGCGCAGCAGCUUCUUCGCCUUCAACGACUACUCGUGGUGUGACCCCUCCUCUUUCACUCAGUCUGGUUGGUCUCAGAAGGUCCAGACGUUCUCCCACUACGGCCUGCCUCUCUUCCUCUCGGAAUACGGUUGCAACACCAACAAGCGUGAGUUCCAGGAAGUCGGUUCGCUGUACUCGACCCAGAUGACAGCCGUCUACUCUGGUGGUCUCGUGUACGAGUACUCCAACGAGGGUAGCAACUAUGGUCUGGUCACCAUCGACGGUAACAGCGUCACUGAGCGUCCUGACUUCACUGCCCUGCAGUCUGCUUUCAAGAAGACCCCCAACCCCCAGGGUGACGGUGGCUACAACAAGACCGGUGGUGCCAACCCUUGCCCUGCCAAACAGGCCCCCGCCUGGAACGUCGACAGCACUGACGCUCUUCCUGCUAUCCCCGAUGCCGCCAAGAAGUACAUGACCCAGGGUGCCGGUAAGGGUGUUGGUUUCAGCGGUUCCGGCAGCCAGAACGCCGGCGGAAGUGGUGCCACUUCCACCGGCACUGCCGCCCCGGGCUCUGGCUCUGGCGGCUCUUACUCCACUGGUACCUCUUCCGGCAGCAGCUCCAGCGGUUCUUCCUCCAGCUCCAAGGGUGCCGCCGCUGGUCUCCGCGCUCCGGAGAUGACUCUGGCGCCCAUUGUCUGCGGUCUUGUUGUGACCAUUUCCACCUUCUUUGGUGCCUCCAUGAUCUUGAUCUAGACUGGAAAUAGUCUGGAAACCAAGUGUUUCAUCUUUUUUCCUUCCCACGGACACAAUUCGGGACUCUUUUUCUCCAUUUGGGAUUUCAUAGCAUUAGAAGGUUAGGUUUGGAUUUGUAUGGUAGAUUAACCCACACAGUCGGCUCUGAAGCGCAGGUCG